AACGCUUUCAGUGUUAUUUAAGUGCAUACAGUGUAAUAGGUUUUACUUGGUCGCUAUUUUUUCUUCCACAAAAAAAAGAAAAAAUGGAAACCUGGUUCAUCGUCCUUAUCUCUCUCUGCAUCUCAGCUCUCCUAAAACCACUUCUCAACCUUUUCAUCAACAAGAAAAACAGUAAGCUUCCUCCUGGACCCUUUACCAUCCCAAUUCUAAGCAGCUUCCUAUGGAUUCGCAAAUCUUUCUCCGACCUCGAACCCAUUCUCCGCAAACUCCAUGCCAAGUACGGACCCAUAGUCACCCUCAACAUCGCUUUCCGCCCUGCUAUCUUCGUUGCCAACCGCUCUAUCGCUCACAAAGCUCUAGUCCAAAACGGUGCCGUCUUUGCCGACCGACCACAGGCUCCUCUGACCAACAGAGUGUUCUCAAGUAACUCGAGCACCAUCAACUCCGCCUCGUACGGUCCCACGUGGCGUCUAUUUCGCCGCAAUCUCAGUUCUGAGAUUCUUCACCCUUCGCGCUUGAAAUCCUACUCUCACGCGCGCAACUGGGUUUAUAAUAUCCUCUUCAAUCGUCUUCGUGAUUCUCAGUCCAAGUCCAGUGAAGUGCCAAUCGUCGUUAAGGAACAUUUCCAAUACUCCAUGUUUUGUUUGUUGGUUCUUAUGUGUUUCGGUGACAAGCUUGGUGAGUCCCAGAUUAAAGAAAUCGAAGAUGUCCAGCGUCGCUUGCUUUUGGGGCUUCCUCGGUUUAAUAUACUUAAUGUUUGUGGGAGUGUUGGGAAGAUUAUAUUUCGUAAGCUUUGGCAAGAGUUGUUUGAUCUUCGGAGAGACCAAGAAGCUGUUCUAAGGCCUUUGAUAGAAGCGAGAAGGAAAGUGAAGCAAGAAAGACAGAGCAAAGCGAAAGAAGACAAAGAUGUUGAUAAUGACGAUGAGUUUGUGGUGUCGUAUGUGGAUACGUUGUUGGAUUUGGAGCUACCAGGGGAGAAGCGGAAACUCCAGGAUGGGGAAAUGGUUAGUUUGUGCUCUGAGUUUCUCAACGCGGGUACAGAUACUACGUCGACUGCAUUGGAGUGGAUUAUGGCCAAUUUGGUGAAAUACCCACAAAUCCAAGAGAGGCUUUUCGUGGAGAUUGAAGGGGUUGUUGGUGAUGGAGAGAAAACAGUAAAGGAGGAAGAUUUGAACAAGAUGCCAUAUUUGAAAGCAGUGAUUUUGGAAGGUUUAAGAAGACACCCACCUGGGCAUUUUGUGCUGCCACAUGCAGUGACUGAGGAUGUGGUUUUGGAUGGCUAUUUGGUGCCAAAGAAUGCUACUUUGAAUUUCAUGGUGGCAGAAAUGGGGUGGGAUCCAAAAGUGUGGGAGGAUCCUAUGGAGUUCAAGCCUGAGAGAUUCUUGAGUGGCGGUGAUGGUGGAGGAGAAGUGUUUGAUAUAACUGGAAGUAGAGAGAUUAAGAUGAUGCCAUUUGGUGUGGGGAGGAGGAUUUGCCCUGGUUCUGGUUUGGCAAUGCUGCAUUUGGAGUAUUUUGUGGCCAAUUUGGUUUGGAAUUUUGAGUGGAAAGCUGUGGAGGGUGAUGAUGUUGAUUUGACAGAGAAGCAGGAGUUCACCAUGGUGAUGAAGAAUCCUCUCAAGGCCCACUUAUCUCUAAGGCUUUAAAGGUUUAGUCUAUAUUCUGUUGAAGUAGAAGACUUCAGUACAAAAAUCAAUAGAUAAGAUGCUAGUGUUUCUUUCGAAAUAAAGUCUAUCGCUGUAUUUAUUGAAUUUUCAGUAAAAUGUUUCUAAGCGAUUUCAUUUGAAGUACUAGUUUGGUAAUCAGUACAGUAUAGUGAAUAUACUUGAAACGAAAUGGUAAUGAAUUUAUGAUUUUGGUGUUA